AGGAGAGAAGAGGGAGAGAGAUCCGCAGACACCCCCCGCGGAUACCAGAAGCAGCCCCGCCUCAGCCAGCAGGCUCCCCUUUGCGCUCCGCUUACAGCGCUCUAGGCAGGGAGUCCGUCAGUCCUACGGAGUGCACUACAUAUUACCAUUGCAUUAAUUCUUACUACCUGCCCGCUUCCACUGCUAAGGAGCCUAAGGAGCUAGCUUAGCCUUACGGAUUGCUAGCUGCAACUCUGCCUGCCAGGGCUGGGCUGUAUUGGUCAUUCUGCUGACGGCGUUUCGCAAUUCAUGCAGGUUCGCAGCUCGACGAUUCUCUAGACAUGCCUCAAUUUGGAGCCACCUUCUACCCAGGCGGCGUAGAUGAUUAUCUUAUGCCCGAAGUGCUAGCUCCCUUGCCGCAAAGGGUUAUGCCAGAAGUCCCCGAGAACAUGCAACAGGGCCUUCAGCGCAUGGAACUCGAAGCUACAGAAGUCAACCACCCAAACCGCAGCGGAACCACAUCAGGAACUCGCCAUCAUCGCGAACCGUCCCUCUCCACCGUCAUCGGUACCCAACCCGGUAAUUACGGGCAGCAGUACCAACCCGGCAGACCGAAACCAGCCGAUUACAGCCCCGCCUCCAACUUCAGCCCUUUUCAGGAGCGGGAUACCAAUACGCAAUUUGAGCAAAGCCUGCGCGACAUGAAUGACUUACCCUCUUUCUCGCCUUUUCCCAAGGUGAGCGGGGAACACAUACCACCUAGCGACGAAGAGAAGGAGACAGUGCUCGCCAAUAGUAGGGAACAUGUCCUACAUUCCAACGAUCCCGAUAUGCAGAUAUGCUGGGCUCGUGAUGUGUUGGCCUUUGUCGAAAUAGCCGCCGAAGCUGCUGUGCGCGAAGCUGAAGCCGCUCGAAAUGCCAACGAUCGCGAAGUACCGCGCCCAGUCACCCCGAAGCUUGAACACGAGUUACGAGGCGAUGCCGUUAAUAUCAUAACAUACCUGGCCGACCAGGGCCAUCCAGAAGCUUUAUUCAUACGGAGCAAGUGGCUAGAAUUUGGAAAGUUCAAUAGGCGGCAGGAUAAGAAAGAGGCUUACAGCGGGUACAUGAGGGCUGCACAGCAGGGAUGGGGCCGUGCCGAUUAUCGCAUUGGCAUGUUGUACGAAAGUUCAAAUGACAUGGAUAAGGCCAUGCGCCAUUAUCAGUUGGGCCUCAGCAACAAGGAUUCGGCGGCCGCGUAUCGAUUAGGCAUGAUCAAUCUCCUUGGUCAGCGAGGUAUGCCCAAAGACAUAGCUCGAGGUCUUGAUUUGAUCCACCAGGCUGCCGAUACAGCAGAUGAGGAUGCACCUCAAGGUGCGUUCGUUUAUGGUAUGCUGAUAGCAAGGGACUUACCUGACGUCACGAUUCCUGAGGGUAUAUUGGCCUAUGAUGUGACCGUUGCUAGGCAGUACAUCGAGAAGGCCGCCUACCUAGGAUUUGCCAAAGCGCAGCUGAAGAUGGGUCAAGCAUACGAGCUAUGUCAGCUUGGAUGUGAGUUUAUGCCAUCUCAUUCACUGCAUUACUACGGUCUGGCCGCUCGGCAAGGCCAACCGGAAGCGUGCUUGGGCGUUAGCCGUUGGUUCUUAUUCGGUUAUGAAAGUGAGUUUGCGAAGAAUGAACAACUGGCUUUUAAAUAUGCACAAAUGGCAGCCAAGACAAAACUGGCAACUGGCGAAUUCGCCAUGGGCUACUAUUACGAGAUCGGUAUAUCGGUUGCGAAGGACAUCAGAGAAGCCCGCAAGUGGUAUGAGCUUGCCGCCGAGCAUGGAAAUAAGGAUGCGGCGGCACGAUUGGAGAGUCUCUCCCAAGCCAAGACGCUUUCUAAAGAAGACCACGAGACUUCAACACUGACGAGAAUUAAGUCGAAACAUGGGUCGCAAAGAGGGCAACGACCAGAUCGAUUCAAGCAACUGAACAGCACAAUGCCCACUGUCUCAGAAGCUCAAGCUUCGCCGAAGGUCUCACCCCAACCAUCGCCGCGAGCUCAGAACUUUGAGCAUGUAGACUAUCCCGACCCGUCCCGAUCUCGACCUAAUUCCGGCGGGAAUAGCGGAAGACAGCCUGCUUUCACGGUAAAUCUUCCUGAUAGGUCAAAGUCUACGGCUCCAUACCCCGAAGACGACCGACCAGCGCCUCUCAACCUGAACAGACCAGUUUCUACUACGCCAUAUCCUGAGGACGAUAUGGUGGGGCAGAAGCCGCAACUGUCACCUCAUUAUAACCCAGGCAUAAGGCCUUCCGCAGGUCCCACAGCUGAUCGCCCAGGAAGCGCGUUCGGCAUUCGUACACAGUCACCAGCGGGACAAGGUGGCUUGCGAGUACACUCAGGGAACCAAACUCCUAUUCCACCUGCCGGUAUGGAUCCAAACUAUGGCCGGCCCGCUUCAGCAUCACCCGGAUGGCAACCUCAGGUGCCGAGUGGUUACCGACAGCCGAGCCCUGGUCCUCGCCUGCAAGACUUGCGUCCCCCGGGAGCUGAGUACAAUCAACGACCGCCUGCAUCUCAGUAUGAUCGCCCCGUAGGAGGUGGUCUCCCGGGCCAGCCGAGGCCAAAUAUGUUAUCGAAGAUGCCACCUCCUGGUGGCGCUGGCCGAGGUGGGCCACUGCCGCAACCAGGAUAUGGGAAGAGGGAAUCAUCUCUACCCCAGGGCAGUGCGCCGGGUGCACGUAUGUCAGCUGCCGGUAUUCCUGGUGGUGCGCCGUCUAUGAGUGGCGGUCUAGGGCCUCGUGUUGGCUCCAUGCCUCCUGGUGGGUUGCCACAAGGUGGUCCGAGGCCAGGCAGCAGUGGUCGACCUACUCCCGGUGGCCCUAGUGGCCCUGGCGGCCCCGCUGUCGGUGUGCCCUUGAAAGAUAGACCUUUUGCAAUGGACCAAGGCGGCCGUUCGAGCGCAUCGCCACCUCAAAGCCGGCCGAGUCCUGGCCCGAGUACACCGAACUCGACUGCUUCAGCCCCGGCCAAACCCUCUAAACAAGGUCCAGCUACCUUCGAGGCAAUGGGUAUCCCUCAGGGCAAGCAAGAUGAUGAUUGCGUUGUCAUGUAAUCUAGGAUAAAAGUUGGGUUGUCAUAGGCACUGGCAUAAGCAUCGGCAUCAAUCAGUAGAUAGUUAGCUUUUC